AGUUGUUUAAAGUAGGGCAAGUUUUGUAGAUUUUCAAGUUGACAGUUUACUGGAGUAUGUUUCGAUGCAAACAUUGUCAUGAUUUUGUGAUUUUACGGAUUGUGUACGGUAGCUGUACAGACAACUGUUGAUCUAUAGGUAGAAUGCCAUGGCGACCCCACGCCCAGGUGGGUUCCCCUCCCCAUCACUGUCUGCUCGCAGUGAACGUCGGUCUUGGGGUGCCCCACGUAACCGUGCCAGUAACAGUAGCUCAAUACCACCCCCAGAAGCAGGCCGAGGUAUAGAAGCGUUGGCCAUACAGGAAUUCCUAGCCAGGGGUCAUGUCUGUCUUACUGGUGGACGUGACCAUCAGGGCGGUCCUGUGCUGACGUUUCCGAGUCAGACACAGAUUGUAGAGGUGAAGGCCCAGGAGCUGAGUGCAUGUUUACGGUAUCUGGCACAGAUUCCAAGUCGUGAGUCCAGACAACAAGGGUUUUCCGCGGUUGUUGACAACAGGAAUGGCUGCUGGUCUAACCUGAGCAUAGUCCUGGCUGCCCUGCAGCAGUCCAUUAGCACCAGUUUAAAGCAGCUCUUAGUCAUCAGUUCAGGGUCGUCCUCAGAAAGACGACUUCAUGCAAAUUUUAAACGAGAAAGAACAAACCUGGACUUUGAGCCCCAUUUCAUCCCCAUUAAUCAGCUGUACUCCUAUGUAGACAGUCAACAGCUGACACCAGAUUUUGGUGGAAGCUUGGCCUUUAAUCUGGAAAGUUGGCUGCAGAAUAGACUGGCACUUGAGGCAUUUUUGAGGGAUGUCCAUCAAUCUUCACAGCAGCUUGAUAAUGCUGAAUCUCAGAUUGUACGAUCAUUACAACUUGACGAGAAAGCGAGCCCACGGGAGAUCUUACGGCGUCACCAGUAUCUCCAGGAUUCCAUCAUGAACACGCCCACAAAGAUUCUACGUCAAGGCCGAGAUGUCCUUAACCAGUUACAGCGUGAAGGCACGUCUGGUUUCCAUAACGAUGCCAGCACCCUGGACAACUUGGAAUCACAGCGCCAGGUGAAGCGAAUGAUUCAAUACCUUGAAGUAAAAGUGGACAAAGUCCAGGAGUUUCUGGAUGAUCAAGAUCAGGCCCUCAGCCACAAUGUGCAGUUCUCUGAGCUGGAAAGUGGCUUCAAAAAGGUGGUCAACUGGGUGUUGGGUCCUGGAGAGAAGUUGCUGGCAUCACAGGUGGACAUUGGAGAGUCAUGUGAGGCUGCAGAGGAAUUGAGACGGAGACAUGAGGAGAUAGAGCUCAAGUGCACGAACACAUAUGGGGAGUACGCAGAAUUUCGUCACGUUGCUGAAGAGAUGAUCAAGCAAGAUCACCUGUCUAAGGAGGACAUCAUAUCUCAGAGGGACUACAUGGACACAGUUUGUCGCAGCUUUGCUACGCGGCUGGAGAGGAGAAGGACUCUACUGAUCAAUUCCGUCCGCUUCCAUCGUCUUGCUGAACAGUUUUCUGAGAAGCUAGAUGACCUCUUAGAGCUCUUGUGUACAGACGUUGACAUUGAUGAUGUUGAUACAGCCGAAGAAGCCAUCAAAACUCUACAGGAAAAAUGUGACUCUGUCGAUUCCACUGGAGAGAACACCUUGGUUGUUGGUCAAAGUUUACUGGAUGAACUCUCCAUCCCCAUCAAGAAUGCUUUUGGCAAGGACAUCACACCCGACCAUGACAAACACAUCAAGUACAUCUCCCGAAAACUGGAGGAGCUUCAGGAGAGGAAGAUGAGGUGUGACGAGUUAGCCGAUGUCCGGCGCCUCAAACUCCAACAGAUCUUACAAUUGCGUACCUGUGAGAGAGACGCUGAGCAGGCCAUCAAUUGGAUAAACGAGCUUUGCGACACAAUGAUGGCCACCCAGCAGGAAAUGGGGCAGACAUCACAUGAAGCUCAGAAUCUACAGUCACAGCAUAAGAACUUCCAGUCUACAGCUCUGGGAACAUACGAAUAUGGCAAACAGUUGCUCCAAGCUGCUCUGGUGCUACGGAGGUCACUGCGCUAUGACCUCAACCCUAAUCAAGAGCAGUUGGAACGGUUGGAGGCAGCGUGGAAGCGAUUCUCGCAGGGGACACAUGAGAGGGCAGGAAGACUUACCGUGGCGGCCGCUUAUAUGGCAUCUGCUGAUAAACUUCUGAAUCGCAUCGACCAAUUAAACGUCAUCCUUCAGCAGCCCCAGGGGUUAACCCCUGCCCAGAUUGUGGAGAAGUACACUCCCACCCAUGAGGACAUCCUGAAGGACCACAAGGAGACAGAGCACAUGUCCUCAGCUCUACAUGACAGACUCUCACUGCCAAUCCUCUCAUUUGAUGGGAAGAACAAGAGGCUGAGCAUUGAUGAUGAAGGUGCAAGGGAUACAAUCCGAAACAAGCAAAAACGUGUUAACAGAAAACUCGGGGAAUUGGAAAAACGCUGGGCGCGUGUGAUGGACAUUGUUGCUCAGCAAGCUAAACCUCACAGUCAAUCUCUCACAAAUCUUACAGCACCCAUCCCAGCAAAACGUCACAGUUUGUUUCAAAAUGGCCGUCGCUCUGCUGCCGAAACACCCUUGCAGACGGGGAGCCUGCGCAACCUGGCAGUAGGAAGUGACUUUCUCGAUGGUGGUUCCUCACCACAGAGUUCUGGCCACCAUCACCGAUUUCCGUCUGAUGGGAACUUGUCUUCUCCUGUUCCUCAGAGGUCACAGUCGGCAUUACAGAUCUCACAUGGCCAUGCAGGGUCACCAGGGUCAAGGUCGCCAAGAACAUCCAUGUCACAACAGGUUUUACCCGGGUCACAGAGGUCGUCGUUAGCGCUUCCUUCCUCACAGAGGUCAUCGCUGGCACUUCCAUCAUCGCAAGGGUCAUCGCUUGCUCGCUCUCCCCAUCCUGGUGAUGUUGUCAGGCAACAGGCGUACCAGCAGCUAGCUUCUGCUCCGUAUGAAGGCCAGAGGUCACCAGCUUCUCCAAGUGGUAGCCAUGGCACCAAGGAAAAUGGUGACAAGCUUCUGGCAGAAAUGGAAAAGAGAGAAAUUGUAGGAAUCACUGAACCAGUAUGGACCAUAUGA